GCUAACAACUUUCGGUUCAAAAAACCACCUUUUUGCUCCCCCCCCUUGUUAUACGUAGUACAUCUACGUUUGAUGAAUCCAUUCAGUCCUCCUUGACCCCCGCCGUCUGAAUAUAAUUGACAAACGGGAUAAGGAAAAGUAUUAACGGUUCACACAAUCAAUCCUCGGGAUCUCUGACUUAUGGGAUCGCCGUAGGGCCCAGGCUGACCAUGACUCUCGUCGAUAAUCCCCAGAUCAAGGGCGCUGAGUUGCUCUCGCCGCUGCCCAUCUACCUUCACGCAUAUGUCGCGCCGUUUGCCAUAAUAUGGCCUAUAUUCGCGAGAUACUUCUAUACCCCCGAAUUAUACGCGAAACACAUCGCAUCUUCUGAGUGGACCUUUGUUUGGUGCGGUAGCAUUAUUACUCUACAGAGCUUGGCCUGGCUUAGUACCAACUGGAGCGUCAAUUUAAAGGCACUCUUUACGGCUACCAGAGCGAAAAGGAUUGAGGAUGCUCAGUUGAUCAAGGUGAUCCCCAUCGCCAAUGCUGGUUCAGCUGAUAUAUGCAAGCUCAUCCGCGACAAGACUGGCGACAAAACGAACUUGUCGUUCUUGUUCCAAAAGCGCCGUUUCCUCUAUGACCCUGUCAAGCAAUCUUUCAGCCCCCUGACCUACGAAAUCGACGCCGAGCCGAAGCCUACGAUCGGGAAGUUUCAGAAGUCGAAAGGCAUUAGCUCUCAAGCCGAACUCGCAAAGAUUGAGCAAUACUAUGGUACCAACACUUUCGAUAUCCCGGUCCCCACAUUCACCGAACUCUUCCGAGAACAUGCGGUUGCUCCUUUCUUCGUCUUUCAAGUAUUUUGUGUUGGCCUUUGGAUGUUGGAUGAAUAUUGGUACUACUCCUUAUUCACCCUCUUCAUGCUCGUCGCUUUCGAAAGCACGGUGGUCUGGCAGAGGCAGCGAACCCUAAACGAAUUCCGAGGCAUGAGCAUUAAGCCAUAUGACAUGUGGGUUUACCGGCUGGGCAAAUGGACUGAGAUUCCAAGCGACAAACUCCUACCGGGCGAUCUCGUUUCUGUUGGGCGAACUAAAGAGGAUAGUGGUGUUGCGUGUGAUAUGCUUUUGGUAGAGGGUACCGCUAUCGUCAAUGAAGCCAUGCUCUCAGGUGAAAGCACGCCGUUGUUGAAGGAUUCUAUACAAUUAAGACCUGGCGAUGCUCCUAUCGACACCGAGGGCCUCGAUAAAAAUGCCUUUCUUUGGGGUGGCACCAAAGUAUUGCAGGUUACGCAUGGUAACCCUGACGAGGAGAAGCCUAAGCUUGCUUCUGGUGUCCCCCCGCCCCCUGACAACGGCGCUAUGGCCAUUGUGAUGAAAACUGGAUUUGAAACAUCUCAGGGUAGUCUUGUUCGGACUAUGAUCUACUCAACGGAGCGCGUCUCGGCAAACAAUGUAGAAGCCCUGCUAUUCAUUCUCUUCCUCCUCAUUUUCGCCUUGGCUGCCUCUUGGUAUGUCUGGGACGAGGGUGUCAAGAAAGAUCGCAAGAGGUCAAAGCUACUCCUUGACUGCGUUCUAAUUGUCACCAGUGUUGUGCCGCCGGAACUUCCUAUGGAGCUUAGUCUUGCAGUCAACACUAGUCUGGCGGCUCUAGCCAAGUUUGCCAUCUUCUGUACCGAACCCUUCCGUAUUCCCUUCGCUGGUCGUAUCGAUGUGGCUUGUUUCGAUAAAACUGGCACACUCACUGGCGAGGAUUUGGUUGUCGAAGGUAUUGCAGGGCUUGGCCUUGGUCACACUGGCACCAACACUCCUCGCGAAUCUGAUGGUGCUCACAGCCACUUAACCUCUGUCAAGGAGGCUGGAAUGGAAACCACCCUUGUGUUGGCUAGUGCCCAUGCUCUUGUCAAGCUUGAAGACGGCGAAAUCGUUGGCGAUCCUAUGGAAAAGGCCACCCUCUCGGCACUCGGUUGGGCUCUAGGAAAAAACGACACUCUCGCAGCGAAACCUUCCAUCACAGCCGUAGGCGGUACUUCCGGCACCGUCCAGGUCAAGCGCCGCUUCCAAUUUUCGUCUGCUUUGAAACGCCAGAGCUCUGUCGCCACUGUGAAUGCUGCGAACCCUAAGACUGGUAAUAAGAUACGCGGUACUUUCGUUGCCGUCAAAGGUGCUCCGGAAACCAUAAUGAGAAUGCUUGUAACCGUUCCCAAGGAUUAUGAAGAGACGUUUAAAUAUUUCACCCGACGUGGCUCUCGAGUGCUUGCUCUCGCGUAUAAGCAGCUUACCUUUGACAGCGAGCUUGGAUCUAGUAGGAUCAACGACCUAAAGCGCGAACAAGUUGAGGCUGAUCUUACCUUCGCUGGUUUCCUGGUACUUCAAUGCCCCUUGAAAGACGAUGCCAAGCAGGCGGUGCAGAUGUUGAAUGAGAGCAGCCACCGUGUCGUCAUGAUCACCGGAGACAACCCGCUUACGGCAGUACACGUUGCAAGGGAGGUCGAAAUCGUUGACCGCGAUGUCCUCAUCCUGGAUGCUCCGGAGCGGAACGAUGGUGGGGAGAAAUUGGUUUGGCGUAGCGUUGACGACAAGGUCAAUAUUGAGGUCGACGCGUCCAAGCCAAUUGACCCCGAAAUUAUCAAGACAAAGGAUAUCUGUGUAACUGGGUAUGCUUUGGCCAAAUUCAAGGACAACGUCGCUGCCUGGCAAUCACUUCUGCGCUAUACGUGGGUGUAUGCUCGCGUCUCUCCAAAGCAAAAGGAAGAAAUUCUUCUGGGUUUGAAGGAUAUGGGUUAUUUUACCUUGAUGGCUGGAGAUGGUACUAACGAUGUUGGCGCCCUAAAGCAAGCUCAUAUUGGCAUAGCCCUUCUCAACGGCACCCAGGAAGAUUUAACUAGGAUUGCAGAACACUCGCGUAACACAAAGAUGAAGGAGCUCUACCAGAAACAGGUUGAUCUCAUGAAGAGGUUCAACCAACCUGCGCCGCCUGUCCCUGCCAUCAUCGCCCAUCUUUACCCCCCUGGACCCUCGAACCCUCACUACGAGAAAGCAUUGGAACGAGAAGCACAGAAGAGAGGCAUCACCACCCAAGAGCUUGCAAGACUAAAUGGUACCAAUAUCGAAACGGUGACUAGCCCUGCGGCUCAGCAAUUGAUGAAUCAUGAUCCACGAACUGUUAAGCAACGUGAAGCUGCUGCUAAGGCCGCUGGUUUUGCUGACAAGAUGACAAGCGCAAUGAUGGAACAGGAAUUGGGCGACGAUGAACCGCCGACGCUUAAACUAGGGGAUGCCUCAGUUGCCGCACCAUUUACUAGCAAGCUUCGAAACGUCAUCGCCAUUCCUAACAUUAUUCGCCAAGGUCGCUGUACUUUAGUGGCGACGAUCCAGAUGUACAAGAUCUUAGCUCUCAACUGUCUUAUUAGUGCCUACAGUCUUAGCGUUCUUUACCUCGAAGGUAUCAAGUUUGGCGAUGGGCAAAUCACGAUUAGCGGAAUGUUGAUGAGUGUGUGCUUCCUCUCCAUUUCCCGAGCCAGGUCUGUCGAGGGCUUAUCGAAAGAGAGACCACAACCCAAUAUCUUUAAUUUCUACAUCAUUGGUUCGAUUCUGGGUCAAUUUGCUGUUCAUAUAGCGACGCUAAUCUACAUCGCUCGAUUCUGCGAUAAACUCGAACCUCGAUCUGAAAUGGUUGACCUGGAGGCUGAAUUUUCGCCGUCGCUACUGAAUAGUGCCGUGUACCUCCUGCAGUUAAUCCAGCAAAUAUCAACCUUCGCAGUCAACUACCAAGGCCGACCAUUCAGAGAAUCUCUUUCCGAAAACAAGGGAAUGUUCUGGGGUAUAGUUUCGGUUACUGCUAUCGCCUUCUCUUGUUCAACAGAGUUUAUCCCUGAGCUGAAUCAGCAGAUGAAGCUAGUGAAGUUCAGUAACGAGUUCAAGACUACCAUGACGUCCAUCAUGGUUAUCGACUAUGCUGGUUGCUGGCUCAUUGAGGUGGUGCUAAAGCGACUUUUUAGCGACUUCCGUCCUCGUGACAUCGCAGCCCGACGACCAGAACAGAACGAGCGCGAGAGGGCAAGGAAAGCAGCGGAGAAGGCAGUAAAAGAUGCCGAAGAGGAGAGGAAACGGAUAGAGAAAGUGGAAGAGUUUGAGCGCAAGUUGGAGGAGCGAAGAGAGAAGAUUCGAGAAUGGGGUCAAGGCACCCGUGCUGCGCGAUGAUUCUCCUAUUAUCUUGAUGCGUACAUACCUAGGUACCAAAAUUACUGCAUGAGAGUCAAGGAGGUGUCGAUGCAUAGACGUCAACAAUUGUAGACAUAUAGAAAAAUGGAGAUUCAUAGACGGGAACCUUUCACCACUCCAUUUUUCAUUCAGGAAUAUGGCAACUUAUGUACUCUUAUGGAUUGCUAUGUAUGCACACAUUACAUGUAAUAGUAUAUGGAUGAAUAGAACCGGGCGAACCUCGGGAGCUUCAAUUACGAA